AAAAAAUGACGUCUUAAAUAUUUAAGGAUCUUUAACCAGAUUAAGAAAUAAAUUGUUUGAUAGGUGAUGUAGGUGGAACAAAUGUUCGUCUUUAACUAGUAAAGAUAUCUCUUAAAUUGACUUAUUCAAAAGCUCCUUAACUUAAACAAUAUGCAUCCUAUAAUACAGAUUUAUAUCCUUAAUUUUAAGAUUAUAUUGUGGAAUAUUUGAAAGAUGUUUAAAAAGAGAAUCUACCUUAAAUUGCAAUUAUAGGUCUGAAUAUUAUAUAUUUAAGUUUAGGUAUUGCUGGACCUAUAAAGAAUAAUUCCACUUUGAUGGCUAAUACUAAAUGGUCUUAAGUAGAUGGAAAUGCAAUAGGAUAAGCACUCAAUAUUAGACCAUUUCUUUUAAUAAAUGAUUUCUAAGCAGUGGCUUAUGGAAUUUUGGGACUAUAAUAAACAGAUUUAAUUUAAUUGAAUCCAAAAAAUCCAAAUCCAAAAGAUAAUUCAGUAAAAACUGUAAUUGGUCCUGGAACUGGAUUAGGAGUAGCAAGACUUAUUCCUUCUAUGAAAUAAAAUAAUGUAUGGGAAUAUAAUAUAUGGUAAUUAAUUAGUAUUAAUAUUUAAAGGCCAUGUGAAGGAGGACAUGUAGGAUAUUCACCAUCAAAUGAUUUAGAAAUAGAAUAUUUAAAAUUCUUAAGAAAAAGAUUAGGUUUAGGUUAAAUAGUGGCAGAAAAAGCAAUGGCUGGUUAAGCAGUUCCAUAUAUUUAUACAUUUUUAAAAGAAUAACUCGGACUUGAUUCUCAAAUUGAAAAGGAUUUAGAUAAAACAUUAUUUGAAGUAAUUUAAUUAUUUAUAAAAUUAAAGGAUAAGAAUGAUUUCAAAUAAUUCCCAUCUACAUAAGUAUUUUAAUAUGGUGUAGAAAAGAAAGAUCAAUUAUGUUAAAGUGUUGUUGAUUUCUUUUUAACUAGUUAUGGAACUGUCAUUGGUGAUCUAGUUUGUAAUACAAUGCCAUAUGGAGGUAUAUAUUUAUUUGGAAAUAUAUCUAUUGGAGUUGCUAAUUACAUUAUUAACAAUCCAUAAGUUAAUUUUUUAGUAUUUAUUUUUUAUUUAUAUUAUUUUAGUAAGACUAUAUUAAAUAUAGACCUCAUUUAAAUGAAAUCUUUGAUCAAAUACCUAUCUAUGUAAUUAAAUAAGCAUCUUUGGGAUUAGAAGGUGCUUAUUAAGCAGCUUACAGACUUUUAGAGUAUAAUGAUUAUGAAAAAGAUAUUUGAUGAGCAUUUAUUAUAUAUCAUUCAAAGAAC